AUGCCUAUCGCCACACCGACAAAAGCCUACGGCCUGGCGAGACCUGGAGCCCACGUGCCGAAGAGACAUCGCCGGAACAUACGAAGAGUUGACGCCAUUCAAGGUGUUACUCGUCCAGCGAUCCGCCGUCUUGCCCGACGUGGCGGUGUGAUCCGCAUUCAGCGAGAGAUCUAUGACACGGUCAGAGGUGUUCUCCGCAAGCAAUUGGAAGAAAUCAUUGGAAAGCUCGUGUCUCUGUUUGGUGGCUCUGAUGAGCACAACGCAAAACCAUGUCUUCCUCGGGGUCGCGAACGAAAGACGGUGACGCAUGACGAUGUGUGUUUUGUUCUGUAUAGAAUGGGUCGUCCACUCUAUGGCUUUGAAUGGCCAUAUCUGGGUGAGCAGCGACGUGUUGGCAUCCUACCAUACUAA